AAAUGAUGUGGAGGAGUGGAUAAAAGAUUGUCAGCGAUGUGUGAUGGCUAAGCUGCCACAGCCAAAGGUCCACCCUCCUGUGAAAUCAUUCCUGGCUUCUAGACCUCUUGAGGUAAUCGCUGUUGACUUCACUGUCCUGGAACCUGCCUCUGACGGCCGGGAAAAUGUUCUUGUAAUCACAGAUAUCUUUACAAAGUUCACUCAGGCCUUCCCGACCCGAGAUCAAAAAGCAGACACCACUGCCAAGGUGUUGCUUAGGGAGUGGUUCAUGAAGUAUGGUAUUCCAACACCUCUGCAUUCCGAUCAGGGCCGCAAUUUCGAGAGUGAGGUGGUGGCUGAACUUUGUAAGCUUUAUGGGGUGAAAAAGAGCCGCACCACGCCAUACCACCCCACUGGCAAUGCUCAGUGUGAGCGGUUCAACAGGACGCUACAUGACCUGUUGAAAACGCUGCCACCUGAAAAGAAACGCAGAUGGCCCGAAUACCUACCGGAGCUGGUUUAUGCAUAUAAUGCGACACCCCAUGCGACUACUGGCUAUUCUCCAUAUUAUUUGUUGUUUGGAGUUGAUCCUUAUCUGCCAGUGGAUUCCCUGCUUGGUCAAGAGCAAGUUGUAAACCAUAAACACGACUGGAUGUUGGUCCACCAAAGGCGUCUGAAUGAUGCACAUGCCAGGACAAGGGAAUAUUCUGAAAAAAAGGCUGCAGAGCGCAUUUCAUUAGACAAGGAUCGAGUAUAUUGCCCGAAGAUUGAGAUCGGGGCACUGGUGUACCUGAGGAACAGACCAGUAGGUCGUCACAAAAUACAGGAUGCCUGGGGGCCAAUCAUAUACAAAGUAGUAGGGAUCUUGGACAACACAUUCACAGUGGAGCCGUUGGAAGGAGGGCCUGCAAAGAGAGCUAACAGAGUUGACAUCAGGCCUUGUGUGAAUCAUCCUACUCCUGCCCCUAGGAGAGUGCGAAAAGCUCAAGAGGAGAAGUCCGAGCCCCUUAGUGAAGAGGAGUCUGAGGAUUCAGAAGAGGGUUUGGUUUUAAGGGAAGAGAGACCUCAUGCACCCGUAGUAAAAGAUCUUAGUACCCAGUCUUUUGGCCAACAGGGUGAAGAGCAUGAACCCAAGGUAGUACUCAGCAGAGAAUUGGUUGAUUCUGCCCAUGUCGAUGUUUUAGCAGGGCCUGUCGAAGCCUUGGAGACUGAGGAAAGGCUGGAUGCAGCUACUAGUGUGUUACCUCAUCCUGUUGCUGCACCACGCAGUCGUAGUAGGAGGCCAAAUGCUGGACAGCAUUCAAAUUUGCACCAUGAGCCAAGGUCGGUCCUGGACUUUGCCUCUACAAGUCCAGCAGCAAAUUCACAGAUAUUAGCUGACUUAAGUUCUGUUCUGUUUAGGGAAGCAGUGAAAAUGAGGGGAGAACGCAGGGGAGAAUUUAACUAGGUGAUGGUUGAGGUGAUUUAAAUACUUAAAUUCGCAAAGUAUAUAUUUGCGGAGAAUGUAAUGAGAGCUUCCUUUAAGAAAUGUCAGGUGACGUCAUUAUGUGUCUAGAUGAGCGUGUGAGCAUGCGCGCAGUGAGGAAGUCACAGAGUAAUGCUGUGCGUGUCCGCGAUUGCCGUUCGUGUGUAAUUUGGAUAGCAUCCAAGUACAGAUAUCUUUGUAUAAUGCUUUUAUAAAAGUUUAUAAUUGCUGUCGACUGGAAGAUUGCCUCGAAUGUUGAUUUAUAUUCACAGGGAGUUGGGUGUUAAUGCAGGAUUGCGUGGAUGUGUGAGGGUGGCUGAGCUAGCGCACCGCAUGUAUAGACGAGGCCUGUUCACGUGGAAGAAGUGUUAUAUUACGGUGUAAUAUCAGAAACACAAGGAAAAAGUGCCACUACCGUAUUAUUGUUGCUGGUGUUUUAUUUUGACAUUGUUGUUUAUUAUUGCACACAAGAAGAAAUGACAAGUUGUUAUAUUAUCUUUAUUUUGGGGUGAACAAUGUGAUUUGUAAUCCAAGGAUAUUUUUGACAUUGUAUUUUGAUUUGUUCUGGGUUUUCUGUCCCAAAUACUUAAGUGAAAAUAAAUAGAAACUCCUAACCAAU